UCGAAGAAAGCAUCCCAAUUACAAAUCACAAAUAAAUUGCUCCAUCAAAAGCACACGUACUAAGAAGAGAAAAGAUGUCGCUGUCUUCUUCACAAAAGAAGUUGCUGGUAAUCCUUGUGGCCUUUGCAUGCGUCUUCACAUCAUGCGCAGAGGCAUGGAGCUGGAGUUGGAGCUCGGGUUCAGGCUCAGGCUCAGGCUCAGGCUCGGGUUGGGGUUGGGGCUGGGGAUCCGACGGCUCAGGCGGAUCAGCCUCAGGCUCGGGUACAAACCCUGAUGGUUCGCAUUGGAGUUGGAAGUGGGACCCCCGGUCAGGCUGGAGAUGGAGUUCAGACUCAAACGACACGAAGCAAGGCUCAUCCAACCAUAACGUUACUAACCCAGGCACAUCAAAUCAUAACGUUACAAAGCCAGGCUCAUCGAACCAUAACCAUACUACUAGCCCAGGCUCAUCGAACCAUAACCACCAUAAUGUUACGAAGCCAGGCUCAUCGAACCACAACCAUAACGUUACAAAGCCAGGCUCAUCGAACCAUAACCACCAUAACGUUACGAAGCCAGGCUCAUCGAACCACAACCACAACGUUACAAAGCCAGGCUCAUCAAAACAUAACGAUACGAGGUCAGGCUCAAACGAUAACUCGGUAUUUGCAAAACCAAGAGAGGUCGUAGUGGGAGGAUCAAGUGGAUGGAACUACGGAGUGGAUCUUGAAGAAUGGGCUUCCAAGACUACUUUCCAUGUUGGCGAUGUUCUUGUUUUCGAGUACAGCAAUAUGACAAACCGAAGACAUGACGUGUACUUGCAAACAAAUCUAUGGAGUUACAGGACCUGCAACAUCGAAAGUAGAAAUAAGAUUGCUUCAUCGGAGGAUGAGAAUGGAUCUAAAGAGAGCUUCAAAUUUACUCUUGCAAUGUCACAGCCUUACUCUUUUGCAUGCGGAGAGGAUAACGGCUUUUAUUGCCGUACCUAUAACAUGAAGUUCAGCGUUCUCCCUGACGCCUGAUGAGUCCUCUCGUCACUCAACCCUUUUGCCUUUGUUGCUUUUUUUUUUUGCUUUCGAUUUUCUUACUGCAAUAUUAUUAGAGUAGUUGCUAUGUUUUACUAGUUAAGGUUUUCUUAUUACAUAAUGACUUGAGGAAUAAAACAGAGAUGAAUCCAUGUCUUUUUCCUUCAUAUUUUUAUUUUAUAGAGAUAUUUUCAAGGCUCA